UGUUUAUUCGGGUCAUUGGGUCAAUUUUAGCUCACGUAUUUCGGGUCAGUUUAAAAUCGGAUCUUAUAUCAACAUUAAUUUUUACAUAAUUUUAAAUUCAUUUUAAAAUCGGGUUCUGUUGUAAGGUCGGGUGAUCGGGCCUGUUUUAAAGCGUACACCUAGUUAUGAUUAGGAUGGAAGCAUAAAAUUUCCAUGUGCAACUAAGGAAAGUUGAACUUAUGUAUAUAGUCCUAUAUGGUUGGUUUAGUUAAGAAAAAAAAAAACACAGGUUUUUUCAGCCAUGACUACAGCUUGGUCUAAAGACCAUUCUACAGCUUCACACUAUAAGAAAAACGUAGUUUCAUCUAUCGCGAUUUCAGUUGUUCUAUUUACAGUAUUCGUAACAUGGGAUUCGUGGAUCUUGAUAUUGUCGCGGCCUAGUACAUCUGUUAUUUCAAACUAUUUUUAUGGGGUCGAAGAACCUGUUGGAGAUUCCGGUUCUUUUGUUCCUAAGGAAAGUUUGCAUGUGUCCAUGUUUGGUCGUAGUGAGGAGACAAAGAUCGAGGUUGAGGUAGAGACAACGACAAAAGAUGUAGGCGAAGUUGUUCAGAACGAUCAUAUUUCGAACGAUGAAAAUCCAGAAGAUUCAGAAUGUGAUCUAUACAGUGGAGAAUGGUACUAUGAUGCUAACGGGCCAUUGUACACGAACAACUCAUGUCCUGUCCUUACGCAGAACCAAAACUGCCAAGGAAAUGGGAGGCCUGACAAAGAAUAUGAGAACUGGCGAUGGAAGCCGUAUAAUUGUGAACUACCAAGAUUUAAUGCCACCAAAUUUUUCGAGUUAAUGAACGGAAAAACUAUUACAUUUGUCGGAGACUCUGUCGCUCGUAAUCAGAUGGAGUCACUUCUGUGUAUACUGUGGCAGGUUGAAACACCAAUUAACAAAGGAAACAAGCGUAUGCAACGUUGGAUUUUUAGAUCAAAAUCGAUUACGAUACUUCGAUUUUGGUCUGCUUGGCUAGUAAAUCACACUACAGAACCAUUCAGCAAUCAACCUGGAGACAUACUCAAAAUGCACCUAGAUGUUCCUGAUCAUAGCUUCAUAGAAUACGCCUCGAAGUCUCAUGUAGUUGUCUUUUCCAACGGUCAUUGGUUCCCUAAACGAGCCAUAUAUUUCUUGAACAACGAAAUUGUCGGAGGGCAACUAUGGACACCACCUGACAAUCGUCUACUUAACAUAACUACAACCGAAGCCUUUGAGCUAUCUACCGAGACUACAUUAACUGCGAUGGCUACUCAUCUAAACUACUCCGGAUUAACCAUUGUAACGACUUAUUCACCUGAUCAUUACGAAAAUGGUGCAUGGAAUACGGGUGGAUCAUGUACAGGUAAAGUUAGGCCGUUGAAGCCAGGCAAAAUAGUCGAACAUGAGUAUACAAAUGCAAUGCAUGAUAAACAAGCCACUGGGUUCUAUAAGGCUAGUAAGAAGAUAACGAAUAACUCGAAAAUGAAAUUGAUGGAUAUUACGGAAGCUUUCAAGUAUCGUCAUGAUGGUCAUCCAGGUCCAUACCGGAGUCCUGACCCGAAUAAGAUAACAAAAAGAGGUCCGAAUGGGCGUCCACCACCGCAAGAUUGCUUGCAUUGGUGUAUGCCGGGUGCUGUUGAUACAUGGAAUGAAAUGAUGCUAGAAAUCAUUAGACAAGAAUUUGAGGGCAGCCAAAAAAAAAUGGUAGCUAGCAAGUUUAGCCUUUGAUUGAGAUCAUUUGUUUACUUUUUUGUAUAGCAACUCUUUUGUAAAUUCAUUUUAUUGAUGAGGGGAAACAAACAAAAGUUGUGAUUAUUAAUUGAAGUCCACACAAUAAUAUAAUUUUAUAAAUUGUAUUUGUUUUUACAAUAUUAAUGUCAUUGAUAAUAUU